AACUACUCUUUCACAAAUCCACCGCAUCGUGACGCUACGGGCAAAGUCAAAAAUUAUAUAUUUGUUUUCCUUGUUUUCUCAAAUUUUCCCACUUCUAUCCUUGCAAAAUGUCCACAAAAACUAAUACAAUUGAAAGGAAUAGCAGUUCCCGUGCGAAGGAAGUUAAACCAGUGUGGGCAAAAGCAUUCACAAAAAGUGAAUGGGCAGAUAAGGAUGAAUUUUUGGAUGUUGUGUACUGGGCAAGACAAAUCUUGGGCAUCCUCAUUGGGAUUGCUUGGGGAAUUGUCCCACUAAAGGGCUUCAUUGCACUCUUCCUAUUUGCAGCAAUAAAUUGUGGUAUUGUCUAUCUCUACUGCAUAAACUUCCAAGGGGUUGAUGAGGAGGCAUACGGUGGUGUGUGGGAAUUGCUAAAAGAGGGCUUUAUGACCUCAUUUGCAUGCUUCCUCGUCACGUGGAUUAUCUUCUACACUGGACUGCAUUUUGACACACUAACAAAGGAAUAGCUCUGGAUGCCCACAUACGUGGCCAAUGCAAUGGAUCAAAGACAUUUAAGAUUUACCGUGUAAAUACCAUUUAAAGUUAAUUUAUUGCGAUGACUGAUUAAAGAAAAAAACAUGAAAGUAUCCGGGAGCAAAA